AUGGCCGACUCGCACCUGAACCUCAUCCCCGUAGGCCUCAAGGAAGCUGCCCUCGAUUCGCCCACCUUCCGCGCGACCGCCCUGCACUUCGCCGACAACAUCGAUGCCGUCGAGCGAUGGCUGGACGGCUAUGUCAAGGCUGCAUCCAAGCUGGUCUUGGAGGUCUCGUCCCUGGAGACGGCCGUAAACUCCUUCCUCAGCCAGUCCACGCCGCCCACGCCGAUCAGCGAAGCAGUCCUCGACCAUGAUUACACCUUACUGGCCAUGCGCCGGUAUGGCGAGGGCGCAAGAGAGUUCUGGAACACCACCUUGCGCGGCAUCAAGCGAUAUGACAAUGCUGUCGUGGACCCAAUCAAAGGCUGGCUGAACAGCGACCUGAGACUGUUCAAAGAGGCCAGGCGGGCGAUGGAGAAUGCCCAGAAGCACUUCGAUGGGAUCAUCAGUCGCUACGCAGCCCAGGGCAAGAUGAAGGAAUCUUCGUCCUUGCGAGAGGAUGCCUUCCAGCUGCACGAGGCAAGGAAGGUCUACCUGAAGUCGAGCAUGGACUUUUGUGUACAGGCACCGCAGCUGCGAGCAUCGCUGGACAAGCUGAUUGUGCGUAUAUUCGCCGAUCAGUGGAAAGAGAUGAAGAACGCGAGAGAGUCUGGCGCAACAACCUUUGCUAAGUGGAGCAGCGAGAUGGAAAGAGUCCGAGGCUGGAGUCGAGAAAUGGAGAAUUCCGAGCGAGCUUUCAAGCAUGAGCUUUCUGUAGCGCGAAAGCAGAUCGAGCACAAUGCAGAGCAGAUGAAACGGCCUUCUCGCGAGUUGGAGGACUAUUCAACAUCAACAGUGCCAUAUUUGGGAACCGGUGCAGCUGCUGCAACGGGAACAACGAAGCAGGCACAGGAGAGGCCAGAGAAGCAAGGCUGGCUUUUCUUGAGGACCGUCACUGGAAAGCCUGCGAGAACUGUGUGGUCAAGAAGGUGGUUCUUCGUCAAGAAUGGUAUCUUCGGCUGGCUCGUCCAAGGUACACGAUCGGGUGGAGUCGAAGAGAGCGAGAAGACUGGCGUUCUGUUGUGCAGUGUACGGCCAGCGUUCCAGGAGGAACGUCGCUUUUGCUUCGAGGUGAAGACAAAAGACCAGAGCGUCAUUCUGCAAGCGGAGACUCAACAAGAGCUUACUGAGUGGAUUAGUGCAUUCGAAGUUGCCAAGCGCAAGGCUUUGGAGGACCCAGGAAGCACAGAGUCGAUCUCGCAGACACCUGGGGUUGAUGCCGCUUUUGCUAUAAGUCCACCUGUAGCGCCGGAGUUUGCCGCCAAGGUUGGAGAUGGUCAUAUGCCUACAGGCAGCGAAGAGGUUGGCCUCACUGUACCUGAGCGUGCGGGCACAGACCUUCCCAACAGGGCCAGCUUCGAUGUCAAUCCAGCACGUCGAGUGACAAGUCUCGAGCGAGAUCCAGAAGGCAUUCGUGAAGGCACUCGCGAGCACGCCGCUCGCAUAAUACAGAAACUUGAUCUGCACAAACGAUCGAACACAUCGACGCUCCAGCCUUCUCAGGCACCCACUUCGGGAGGAAUUGCUAGCUUGAUAUCGGCAAGCCACAACAUUCUCCCAGUUGGACCUGGCGCACCGCCCUCCAAUGCCACUGAUAGCAUCAAGCGCAACCUCACUAUGCCCUCCAGUAGUCUAGCUCCUAACACAUUAGCCAAUCCCCCUGCAGCCACGAACCUCAGUCACGCCGCAGUCGUGAUCAGUGGGGAGAGAGGAAUUGGUCUUGGUCGUGCGGAUGGCUCAGGUAUGCCCUCUGGGAUCUUGGCCAAUUUAUGGGGAAGUAGCAAUUGGGGACAUGUCAACCGCAUUGGAGAAGAUCUCAAGCCGCGAAAGCCGAGUUCCAACCAGAACAGCCCACAACUUCGAGCCAUGUCAAUCUCGCAAGAUGAUUCGAUUGUUAUGGAUGGUAUGCACGAACCGCCCAAGCAAAUCGGUCCUGCCUUGGCGGCCCUGGGAACCUCGCCAGGCCACCGUAAGAAUUUGAGUGUUGGCACGGAAAGUGUCGCUGCAGCAGCAAAGACGGCGACAGACGAUGGCGCAGACGACUAUCCUAACUACUACCCGCUUCCGUUGAAGGCACAGAACGCGCAAUUUCGCAUCUUAUUCCCGAGCGUGCCCAGAUCCGAGAAGGUGGUUCUUGUGUUCCGAGCAACCUGGAAUCCCAAUGAUCAGCAGGAGUUCCCUGGUCGCGUCUACGUCACGGAGCGAGAAAUCUACUUCUUUUCGAACCACCUUGGCCUUGUUCUCAUCACAGGAGUGAGCUUAAGCUCGAUCAAAGAAGUCACUGCGGCACCAGGACGUGAUUGCGACUUCGUAUACCUCCACAUGAAAGAGGGCAGUCGCCAGGACGAUCCUCGAAGGGUGACUGUCAAGGUCUUCCUGGAGCCAUUGAAGCUCCUCCAACGACGACUGAACUAUCUAGUGAAGAACGCGGACGCAGAAGAGCCAGACAAUCUUCAAGAAAUGUUGAAAGUCCUUAUCAAGAUGGAGGUCGAACCACCUCGGAGAUCUUCGAGCGUGGAGAGCUGGGAGGACUUGGCGGACGACGCCAUUGACUCGCCCACUGGUGAUCCGAACACCCCUCAGCGCCGCCGCGAGCGGAAUAUCAAAGCGAACCUGCGUAUCGAUGGCAACUUGUACGGUGAGGCCACGAGGACCGGGCGAGACGUACAGAAGUUCAAGCUGCCAGGUCAGGCAGUAGUCUAUGCACCACAGGGCAUGCAUGCGAGCAUAUCCAGGGAGUUCAACGUCAGUGCGAAAGCACUCUUCCAUGUCGUGUUCGGAGACAAGAGUGCCGUCUUCCAAUUGCUUUACGCCAACCGAUGGGACGAUAAAAUCAUACAGACUCCAUGGUCCAAACCAGAAGGCGGCCACUGGAUCCGAAAGUUCACCAGUCAGAACCAUCACUCAUCACCAGCCGACAGCCAGGUCAUCGACAUCUUUAAUGAUCAUCUGUGUUAUGCGGUCACGAAUAACAAGGAGCCGCGUCGACUUCCGUACGCAACAUCGUUCUCACUAACCACCAAGUUCGUCAUCACACAUUCGUCAAAGUCUCGCUGCAAGCUAGCCAUCUACCAGAACCUUAUAUGGCACAAACCGGCGCCGAUGGCAUACAUCAGGAGACUCAUCGAAAAGCAAGCCUACAAUUCGUUGGAGGCCGAUGCUCUGGACCUAACGAACGUGGCGAUGGACCAAGUAGCAAAACUCGGGAACCACAGCAAGACCAACAAAGCAAUCGAGAUCUUUGGCAGCGUGGGACAGCAGACUCAGGCCGCACAGAUUGACAGCAAACAGGUCCCACAAGAAGUGCUACCUGCCGUCGUCAGCCAAGCUCAGCCAAAGCAAGUCACAGUCCUGCGUCUCGUCGCCAACGAUCUCUUCGCCAAAGCACUGGGCAUAACGAGCAUGACGUUCGACAUCAUUGUCGCGUCUCUGAAGGGAAUCAUCGGGAUCUGCACAGCCCACACACUGCUCGUGGCAGUACUCCUCAUCUCGAUUCUCUACAACGGCUGGUAUGGCUUUCGCGAUGGAUUAGUGUGGUACCAUGACCGCAACGCCGCGAAGUUCAUGUCGAAGAUCGGGGUCGUGCCGAACCCGGCCAUGACGAGAGCUAUAUACCUCCACGACAUGGAGGAGCUGAUCACCCCGAACGUUGACAACGAUACCCUUUCCGCCUUGUCGACAGAUCAUGAUUCCGUCAAGACUUGUAGAACGACGUUCGGCGAACAGCUAGUAUCGUCUACCUCUGUCGACCCGGGUUCGGCCAAUGCUGCGGCAGCGCGAUUUCAUAGAUCGAGGGAAUCGCUCGCGCGGCAACGACACGAUCUCCUUGUGGCUUUACGGGUUGUGAACCAUGUCGAGAAGGAUAUUGUGCUAGCUGAGUGGGAAGAAUGGGUUCGUGCUGAGGGAAAGAAAUGUGCAAAGGUUGAGGGAAUGCUGAGGCGACGACACAAAGCUCAGCAGGACGGUAAAGUGAGAUCUGAUGCCGAUCUUGAUGCCGAGCUAGGGAGCGAGUUUGCUGAGUAUUGUAGAAGCUGCAGAUUGGAGUUGGGACAGUUGAUGAAUGGGACGAGUCUGAUGUGA